AUCGCAAUGGCCGCGUCACAGGCAUUGUCCUGGAGAAUAUGGGACUAGCAGGGAACCUCAAAGUUGAUGCAUUCAGAGACUUGACUGAGAUAACUGUGUUGAGCUUGAAGAACAACAAUAUACGGGGACACAUGAUGGAUUGUAGUUCCAACCAGAAGCUGACUCGCAUUGACAUCUCCCGGAAUAUGUUGUUGGGGCCAAUGUCAAUUUCACUUUUCAGUCUUGGGAUCUUGGAGUCUUUGUCUGUUCAACAUAAUUGGUUGGGAGGUCAUAUCCCGGACUUGAACCAAUCCACAUUGAAAGAACUCAAUCUCUCAUAUAACAAUUUAUCUGGGUUGAUUCCAACAACUCAAGCUCUUCAAAAAUUUGACUACAGUUCAUAUAUUGGUAACAGUGACUUGUGUGGAUCACCUUCUCAUGUUCCCUGUGAGGCUGUCAGCCCUUCUCAGUUGAACAGUGGUAACAAGAAUGGUUCUUCUGGUUCUAAUAACAAAGAUCCUGGUCCUUCCCGGUAUGCUGUAAUCUUUUGUGGUUUGCUUCUUGUUUGUCUAGCAAUCGCCAGUUUUCUUUCGGUUCUCUAUUAUAUGAAAUAUAGGAAGCUAAGGAAGUUGAUAAAGCAAGUGAAAGCCACUAGUACCAAACAAACGAAUGAGGAGAGCAAAACAGGUGGAGAGAAGGACCAAGAUGAAGGUGUAAGAGAAAGGGAUGAGGCAGUGAGUUAUGUGGGAGGAGUACAAGAGAAAGGGAAGCUUAUAUUCACUGAGGUUGAGGAUGGAGCAGCUGCAGAGUUUGAACUUGGAGAUAUUUUGAAAGCUUCUGCUGAGGGAUUAGGCAGAGGGAUUUUUGGAAACAGUUAUAAGGCUAAGAUGAUUGGGAAGGAAGCCGUUGUUGUAAAGAGGAUAAGGGAUCUGAAACCAUUGAUUACUGAAGAAUUCAACAAGCAGUUGCAGUUGAUUGCCAACUUGAAACACCCCAACUUGUUGCCACUUCUUGCUUACUACCAUACCAAGGAUGAAAAGUUGCUCCUAUAUAGAUAUGUUCCAAAUGGGAAUUUGUUCAACCGAUUGUUUGAAGCAAGAGGGCCAAAUAGGAUUCCAUUUACAUGGACAUCAAGACUAUCAGUUGCUCAAGGUGUAGCGCGAGCUGUGGAGUAUCUUCAUCUCAAUGCCACAUCCCCUAAUAUACUUCCCCAUGGAAACUUAAAGUCUACAAACAUUCUUCUCAAUGAGAAUGGCACGGUUCUUGUUUCAGAUUAUGGUUUUGCUUCACUAGUAUCACAUCCAAUUGCAGUUCAACGCAUGGUUUCGUAUAAAGCACCCGAGUAUAAAAGGACCAAAAGAGUUUCAGUAGAGUCUGAUGUUUGGAGCUAUGGAAGCCUUCUUUUAGAGCUUUUGACAGGUAAAAUCUCGGUCUGCACUGCUCCAUCAGGUGUCAGUGGUGUAGAUCUUUGCAGCUGGGUUCACCGAGCAGUUAGGGAAGAAUGGACAGCUGAGAUUUUUGAUGUUGAACUAUCUGACGAGCACAGAACAACCUCUAGUGGAAUGCUUAGACUGCUGCAGAUUGCAAUGCAGUGCUGUGAUCCAUCUCCGGAGAAACGCCCCAUGAUGAGUGAAGUGGCAAGGGAAGUGCAGAACAUAAGGAUUACUGAGACAGCUGGAGUCGAUUCAGAUGAUUCGGUAGAUGACUAACUACUAUCCCUGCAAAAAUUUCUCAGUGAUCAUAAGAGGUAGUAAUGUGUGCAUCAGGAUUAUUAUUGGAACAGUAUUGCAUAGCAAACCACAUUUAAACCCCCAUUAUUUUUCAUCACAGAAAGUAUGGUUCCAACUAAUGGUGCUAUAGUUGUUCCGAAAUUGGUCAUAUGCACUAU